AUGUCCUAUCAUUGGUCAACGAUACCAUUUGCUUCACUCUAUGGAGCCAUUCAGCUUAACCAGCUUGAUAUCCAGUUGAAGCUGGUACCUGAACUCCAAUUUGAUUUGCAAAACCUCUUGCUUAAACCAAAACGAAGCGAUGCAAGUAGAUCCAGGCUUGAGCAGGGCAAAUUGACGUUCUCAGAUGGUAUAGAAUACCAACUUAAUGAAACAUUUGUUGCGAAUGCCAAUAAACUUGCGGACGAACUGAACCUGGACGAACUGGCAGCAGCGGAGCUACUUUAUUACGCAUGCCAAAACGAGCAGAAAUAUUCUGGAACCUCUGCUCUCGAUUCCGCCAAAGCUGCAUACUAUACCAGAAGGCAGUACAUACUACAAAUUGUGACUUACUACCUAUGUAAGUCUUCAUCAGAGGGGUUGAAAACGGCAUUUCUAUCGAAAUUAUCUUACGAUACCAUUCUCUCAUGUUAUCAAUGCAUUGAACAAGAGCUGGAUGAUAUAAAACAACUGGUAGACCGCUCAAGGCUUAUGGGAAAUCUUUCGGACCCUAGCUUAUUCAAGCCUAUUAUCUACCGCCGAGAUUCGCUAUUUGAGGAGCACCAGCUUUUGGGAGAACUCUAUUUUGCUAAGGUAUCUCUAUCAAGGAUGCAACCCACUGAGUUCGACAAAAUUUUCAAUCACUUUACGUCAUUCAGUACAAAUGAUAUCCUAGUGAUUAGUUAUCUUCCUGGAACCAUGAAACAAGUGUCAGAACUCGAAAGAUACUCAGAUGAGGAGGUGAAAAAUAUGCAUCGAAAAUUGACUGGACUUACACAAGAAUCUCACAAAUUAGCAGAAAACCCAAUCAAGGCAUUUUUGGUGCUGGUAUUCUUAAUAAAUUUCAUUCCAUGGUGCAAGUCAGAAAGCUCAAGAACCAAGCAAUUCGAUUUCACAAGCAGCGUGGAAAAUCCAAUUAAGCUGCUUAUUUCAAUAGGCGCCUUAGAACAGUUUCUUUCCCUUGCUACCGAAAUCUCCAAGCCUGAGUGUUGCACUGAUCCUAGGGCAGAUCUCAUGUACGACUUUCGCCUAUUCCUUCAGCAGCACAUUCCAAAAUUGUCGCCUUUUAGGUUUCUCGAUGUCGAUACGGACGCAACAAAUCAAUUGAAACGGGCAAUUCAACAACAGAGGCUGAAUGGAAAUCUAACAGCAGAUGAGACAGAGGCAGAGAUAAUUUAUAUUCCUACCAAGGUGUACAGUUUUGAGGCUCAUUUUAGCGACUUCUGCUCGUCAGUAUUCAGCGAAUUUGUGCAUUCUUUUGUGAAAAAUGCUGCAUUUGUGCUGACACAUCUCCGUGAUAUGGAAGAAGACCUUCUACUUCUGAGUGACUCUCUCGAGUUAGAGGUUUUAUCCAAGAAUGCCGACCUUGAGCGCUUCUAUCUUGCCGUAUAUUACCUUUACAGAUCCAGGCCUCAACUCUCAGCCCAGUUUUGGGAGGAUAGCUCCUCAAAUCUAUAUGGGUUCCUUCAAUGGGCCUCACGUUGCAACUCCCCGCUGAUAGUGUCGACAUUUUGCUGUUUACUUUCUGCGCUCUCCAACAGCAACGAAAAUGCUAUUAAUGCGUUCAAUUUCCUGCAACUCACUAACACAUCAACCCAAGAGCUUUCCUUAAAGACCCCGGUAGGCGGCUCAGCAUCAAUAUCAAAUCGCUUUUCGUGUGUCAGCUGGUCAUCCAUUUUUUCUUCGUUAGCAUUUUACAAUAAACAGUUGUCUUCCAAGCUACCAAUCACUCUGUCUGAUCAUUCUUAUUCAUUACAUCAGAGUACAGACAUUGAAAAGAAUGUUAUAGUUCAGUUAGGGGAAGACUCUUUGAUUUUUUUGUCUGGCUUUUUACAGCUCAUUUCUGACAUAGCACGAAACAGCGACAGAGCUCGUGCUGAGCUUUACGAAAGUGACAAUCGUCAGCUCAUCGCAAUAUUGACGGAAUUUCUGAAAGCCAACACUCCAUUAUCUGGAUCAGUUCUGAUGGUUAUGAGCUCCCUUGUUGGAGAUGGAGUCAACGAAAGGCAGCAAGUAUGGAAUAUUUUGGAUUCCUGGAUUUUUUCCAAGCACUCAAAGCUAAGACAAUCAAGUGCGGUGUUGAAGGAUGUUUUCUUGUCAUCACUAAAAUCCCCACCCGAAGUUAUUGGGUUUUCUACUUUGGUUCUCAAGCUGCUGCAACCUAUGAAGACGCAAGACGAGAUUUUUGAUCCGAUUGAAAUUCCCUUUCCUUUGGACUUGGGCUCAAAUUACAGAAGUCAGGGUAUUUGGCCUUAUGUGGAGUUUCUUACUACCGAGAUCUUUGUGGAGCUUACAAACAAAAAAUACGCUGAGGAUUACUCAACUCCAUUGCAACUAACUAUCCUCUCUCUAUGGGAAACGUGCCUGGCUCAACUAGAUCCGGAAAUGAUUAUGGAUGCAUCUGCUUGCAAUUUGAAAGAUUUGGAUAAUAUCACUGCGUGCAAGAACAUCAUUCAGUACUUACAAUCUCACCCAGGAACUGCAGUUUUGACAUUCCUUUAUCGGAUGCCUGUCCACAAUGCUUUAUUCACAAUUGCUAACCUCGGAAUUGACACACUGAACGAAAUUGAGCCGGAAUCAAAAGAAACAAAGUUGGUUUUGAAAGCACUCAAUGUUAUAGAGCUGCUUUUGGAUCGUGAGAGUUUUUAUACGGACGAGCUACUACCUAUCCUAACCCUUCCUGACAAUCCAUUCUAUAUCCCAUCCGCAAUUAGUACUGGGGGGCUUCAGUCGUUUGUUGAGGCACUGCUUCUGAAUUUGCCAUUGCUUGCCAACAUUGCGCUGUAUGUUGGUCUUUCUGAUUCGGAAAUUCCCAAGGUAGCGUUGUCGAUUCUCAAAAAGGUUACUUUAUACUCCUCAUCUAAAGGGAUCGCUGAACUGUCACUAGGUUCGAGAUUGCUCAGAAAAGAUAAGGUGCUCACAAUGCUUGAGACGAUCGACGAGUCUACCAGGAUCAGAUACUCUUUUAUCGAGCAGCUUGAAGCACCAAUUGCUGAACCUCAAUCAGUUACAUUAAAGAUUGAAGUGCUCCAGUUCUUGAACCAAAAUCUUCCAAGCACCUCCGGUAUAGCGACUGCCUCUCAUUUUUUGUUGGGAUUAGACACUAGAUCAAUGACAAUCGGUGAGAAAAACGAGCUUGGAUAUAUUGCUUCAGAAAAGUCCUUGCUGAAAUCCAUAGUCACACUCUUGAGAUCGAUUCUACAGGAAUUUAGAAAAGUCACAGACAUCGAAUAUAUUCCCGUGAGAAUCUGUGCUCUUUGCCUCGAAAUAAUUUACAAGCUUGUGAAAUCUCUCCAGAGCCCUUACGAGCUUUUGAACUUUUUGAGGAACGUUGAAGAUUCUAAUCUGUUCGUUGAUUUGUUGACCACCACCAAAAAAAUAGGGCUUGAUACGUUUUGGAAUGGAAGAACAUUUGAUUCAACAAUCAGUUCCAAAAACCUUUUUGUGACUCAAGGUGGUGGUAUGUGUGCACUUAUUGCCUUCACAAUGUACCGCAGUCUGAUUCUUCAGCUGGUUGCGUUGGAGCUCAGACACACGUCUCUUUACGGUUCGUACUCUUUGACCCGUAAAUACGUGAACCUAUUGAUAGACUCAAAGAAUUACGGCACGGGCUCACCCCGGUUGUUUGAAUUUUUAGAUGUUCUAGAAUUCAAACCAAAAAAUAUGAUCGAAAGAGCCAAUGCCGCAUUCGAAAAAUUCAAUUUUGAAUACAUUCUGAAGAAGAUAGCGAUCAAGACAUCAUUCAGUCAUGAAGAAAUGAACAGCUUCGCGUACGAUCUGUCUAUUGUGGAUAGGAUCAGCGCCCUUGUGGGAAAAGAGUCUCAAUCUUUAGGGUUAUUAUCAUUGAAAGGCGAAAGUGAAAAUCUUAAGUACUUUAAGGAGGAAUUUCUUCAACUGAGGAAAUUACUGAUUGCAUCAAUUUCCUUUGACAACUUCAAAUUUCACCAACUUCAAUGUCUACAUUCUUGGACCCUGCUUACUCAAAUAAUCCUGAAUGAUGGAGGACUGGAAAGAAAUAUUAGAAUAAGCUUCAUUUUCGAAGUGUUCGAGAACAUUGUUCCCCAACUAAUAGACUACCUGAACUUUGAUGUGGCAUAUGCCCAAGACCUUAUAUCUUUGUGCGUCUGUUUAUUCAGGAUAUAUGAGGUCGACAAGGCAAACAUCCAAAUGUCUGAAAGUGAUCGUGAAACUGCUGCUUUGCUCGAUUCUACGCGACUUUUCCCGGUCUUCAAAACUUCAGCCAUAGGAAUCAUGUCUCCUCAAUCGACCCCCACAAUAAGAGCCGAUCUAUAUGUGCUUGCUAAUAACUAUCUGCAACAGAGCGCAGUCAACAAAUCGGUGCUGACCGAAAUUAUGAUUUUCAUCAGAUCUGCUGAUCAGAAAUUUAUUGGAUCAAUUUGCAAUGAUUCCCUAACAGCAGAGGGCUCAUGUAAGAUUACAGCGUUGCUGCUUCUAGAGACACUCCUAAAAAGUUCGAUAUCCUUGCAAGGUUCGAAACUUAGAGGAAGCUUCCUAGUUGACACAAUUCUCCAAAACAAUUACCUGCUUUUGCAAGUGCAGCGUAUCAAGUCGAUGGAUGAGAUUGUUCUGGCAUGUCUUUCUGAUCGUCGUCCAAGGAUGUCGAUUGAUUCCUUACUCUAUGAGCUUACUACUCUCAAAACCCUUUUUUGUCUGCUCACAAGGAUAGCUCAAACGGCGAUCGGUGCUAAACAAUUGUUGCAGUGUGAUGUAUUCAAGGCAAUCACUGAUUGCUCAUUUUUAGCCGAGGACCCAGAAAUCGGGCUCACGCUGCUUUUAGAAAGCACAGGGAAUGAAGGGUUUGGCGAAAGGAAAUCAAUCGAAAUCAUUCUCUCCCUGGACUCGAGUCUUUCUCACAAAGACAAUAAAUUAGAAGGGGUUUCUCUUUACGAUCUCUACAUACCCAUAUUCCAGCUUGUGUGUUCGAUGAUCAUAUCCUUAGGCCCUCAAAAUGAACGAUGCAUAAAGAAAGCUAAGCAAUUAACCGUUCACUUUUCCAAGCUCAUCACCGCGAUUCUGAAAAAGGAUCUCUCAGCGGGAAAGAAGGAAACUAAGGAGAUUAGCGAACUUGACAUGCCUGAGGGCUCUAGGUUAAGAGGACUGAACGAUAUGGUCAAAUUGAUAACUCUUUUGGACACCCUUGUCACAUGA